AUGGUGACGUGUCGGUUCCAAUCGCAGAUAGCUAUAAAGGUUUCAUUUUGUUUUAGUUAUAUUGUUUAAUGUCAAAAAGCUUUUGGCCGACUCACGCAGUUUUAAAACGGCAAAUCGACUGUAACAGUAUGGCUGUUUGGUUUCUUGCACUGCAUUGACGCUUCAUUUUUUCUAUCAAAUAGUUCAAUCGUUAUUCUCCUUCACAUUUGGACAAAUCUUUAAGAUUAUGCUGAACUUGUUUUGACGUCUCGAACUGCUGCUGACGAGCUACCAUGUAACGUGAAUGACGUGUAAUUCACCCAAUCUGACUCCUGGAAAGGGUGCCGUAGGUGAAGGGUCACGUGUAUGUAGACCAAUAGGAAAGCGCGUUAACGGGUUUCACGCGCUCCGCUGCCGAGUUUUAAUGAAGAAGGCGGUGUUCUAGGUCUAGGACUUCCGGAUUGACCUAAUCGCUUGAUGAAGCAAAUGGGAAUGUAAAUGAUAGAGAAGUUUUACGAGAUAACAGUCGUUUACAGUUGAUAAUAGUGAUGACUGGUGAUGUGUCAUAGCUCCCAUGAACGCACGUCGUCGCCACGGUUCUAAAAGUAGCCAGCAGGGGGCAUACUUCGGCCCUUCCCAGACUCAAACGCUGCUGAGCGACCAGCCAGACACGGCAUUUGCGUCCCCUGCUGCCGCUGCACCAUCCCUGCUCCUCCCACCCGUGGACACGAGCAGAAUGUCUUGCCGAGAUCGGACGCAGGAGUUCUUGUCCGCUUGCAAGUCUAUCCAGAGUCAGCAAAAUGGGUUCCAGGCCAAUAAACCAAGUCACAGUCCUCUCAGGCAACGCAGUGACUUCACUCUUAUGGCAAAGAAAAUCGGGAGAGACCUCAGUAACACCUUUGCCAAAUUGGAAAAACUCACAAUGUGUAAGAUGUGCGAUCUCAGAGCUGAUGUGGCCAAGAGGAAAUCACUGUUUGAUGACAAGGCAGUUGAGAUUGAAGAGCUCACUUACAUCAUCCGGCAGGACAUCAGUAGCCUGAAUAAGCAGAUAGCCCAUCUGCAGGAGCUCAUUCGCUCCCGGGGCAGCCAGAAUGGCAGGCAUCUCCAGACUCACUCCAACACCGUCGUCGUCUCCCUGCAGUCGAAACUGGCAUCUAUGUCAAACGACUUCAAAUCGGUACUGGAGGUGAGAACAGAGAACCUUAAACAGCAGCGAAGUCGUAGGGAGCAAUUCUCCAAUGCCCCAGUUUCUGCGGCAACCGUGCAUGCUAGGAACUUUGAUGGUUCUCUGUUGAUGCAAGAUGAGCCAAAGAAACCUGCAGACGUCUCCAUAGAGAUGGAUUCUCGCGCCAACCAUCAGCUUCAGCUGAUCAACGAACAGGAGUCGUACAUCCAGAGCCGAGCAGACACCAUGCAGAACAUCGAGUCCACCAUCGUGGAGCUGGGCUCGAUCUUCCAGCAGCUUGCCCACAUGGUGAAGGAGCAAGAGGAGACGGUGCACAGAAUCGACGCGAACGUGGAGGACACCCAGCUGAAUGUGGACGCCGCCCACGGCGAGAUCCUCAAGUACUUCCAGUCGGUCUCCUCCAACCGCUGGCUCAUGAUAAAAAUCUUCCUCAUCCUCAUCAUCUUCUUCAUCGUCUUUGUCGUCUUCCUCGCCUGAGUGGGAGACAUGGGAGGAAUUCGUACCAAGAAAUGGACUCAGUUCUUCAUGCAGAACCAGGUGGUCAGGUGUGUUGGGGGGAGGGGGGUGGGGGGAAGUGGGUUCUGUCAGCCAGGCCUGUCUUGGCAACAACUUCAUUCACACUGCCCCUUAUCACUGCCAACAUUGAGAUCCUACCCUCCAGCCCAAGACCUUCUUACUUCAGACCUUGACGCUAAUAGUCAAUCUGCCCAACAGUGAACCAAGGCUUGCAGGUUCUUCCUGUAAUGAAUUAUUAAUUAUGAUCACAGAAAGAGCAACCAUCAAUUUAUUUUUUUUUUAAAUGUGUUCCCUACAAGUAAAACCUUUCUUAGAUUUCUUAAAGAGAUGCCUUCACUCAUCAUUCUAAGAUGGAGUGAGUACCUCUUAAGGGUUCAGUAUUAAAGGUUAAAGGUUCUUCUGUCCCCGUUUCCUGUCCUUCGGUUCUGGGCAGGUGUGAAGGAGCGUCCCCAUCUCUGCUUUGUCCUUUCAGCGUUUUGCUGUGGUUCAUUAAACCAGAAGCCGUCAAAUGUCGGCUGAAAUUCUGGAUCAGACCCAUUGUUUCUGGCCGAAGAUAGCGCUGAGAUUCCUUCACGUAUGAUUAAUGCCUGAUUUUGCCAGUUGAUUCAUGUUGCGUCUGUGUGAAUAUGUAAGUGGUUAUGCGUUUUGUUGGGACCAUUACACAGAAUGACUUAACAUCGUUCAUAUUUUGAUGGCCCUUUAAAGAUAUUCAUGGAAAGUUUCCUCUCUGAAUAUAAAUAUAUGCUAUUCUUAGCUACUGCCUGUCUGUAGAUCCUUUGCGGUUUUGUUAGUAUUCGAAAUACCCAAAAAUUACUGGUAUAUUGCAGUUUCAUCAUUUAAUAUUGUCACUGAACAACAUAAUAUUGAAUAUCUUUUAAGUGCUAAAUUUGAACCCCUCAGGGCACAUUUGCACAACCAGCCAUGAAUCGGUCGGCUUGUUCCUGAGAAGUCAUGGUUCACGGCGGUUUUAAUUCACACAGACCUCUUGAACUAUCACUAACCUAUUGAUGGACAUUAAAAAAAGUUAGGUUGGGUAUUGUGACCAAAACAUUUUUAUGACACAACCCAAGCAUUCGUAUUCAGGUGCUGGUCACCUUGGUUCUCUGAACCAAGGUACGGGUUUCGCUCGCAGUGUCUCCUUCCGGAAACCAUGAAAUCAGGAGCACAUAUAAUAGACGGGACCGAGGCUUUUCAAGAACAGGGCUCGUGAGAUCUAGUCCCGUGACACGCAGAGCAAUUUCUCAAAGUAAACCACCCAUUUCACCGCGAGUCGUUUAGAGAUCUAUGCUUUGCCUGGAAUCGGCACUGGAUUCUACCAAAAGAGAGGUUCCUACUGAUGAUCCUUGUACUCUUGGAUGGCCCACACUGUUUCUUGAGGUCUAGAGGAAUGAAUCUUUCCGGAAACCUUUCAGUUGGCAUCUGCAUGAUACUCAGCAAGGCAACCUAUCAGUAUGGUUAAUAGCUAGCUAAAGCUGAGCGAAAUGCUACCAAGGGCCAGAGCUGGGUACUGUUGAUAGCUGUAUAAAGAGUGUCUUGGAAUUUGUCAUGUUGCAUCACAUUGCGCACAUCGAUAGCUACAGACGCUAGUCUGUGAUCAUCAGGACCUUCUGACCACUCCCAAUCUCAGUGCUGUCAGGGAACACAUUCUGUAAUCCUUCCGGUCGGAAUUCUGUCUUCAGGAUGAAGGCAUUCUCUAAGGUUUAAUGCAUUUUGUAAUUCUAGUAAUUACUGCUGAUACUCUUAUGACUGCUUGUCACACUAUGUGUUUCUGGAAUUAUUUUAUUUAAAAAAAAAAAAAAAAAAAUCCUUUUGUUCAAGGACCCGAAAAGUAAUUAAAGCCUUGACGUUGAAUCUUUCUUCGCA